AUGGCCUCUUUAGACGCCGAUAACAAGGUGUUCAACGACGUCGCCCGGAAACCGGAAUUACUGCGCAAGCUUCUCCGGGAAUCUGUUCCGGACUUAAAGCACCCUCUCACCGACUAUACCGACCUCCUUCCCAUUGUCCAUUAUGUCCAAAACGGUGGCCUCCUCUGUGAACGUGUUCCUGAUUCUACCUGCCAGAAACUCAUUGACGCCUGGAAAACCGCCGUCGAUGCUUGGGACAGACGGCUUACCUCACUCGCUUCCAGUGAUUUGCCAAAUAAUGUUUAUGCCGGGAUGUGCUUGCUGAGGUUGACAAUUCAAGAAUGCAGUGAAGAACGUUUUUCAGCUUCCUAUGACGGGUGGUUCAACAACAUCAUCUUUUCUCAUAUUCAGGCAUCAGAACCCAAUUCUCUGAAGGUGGCUUCUUGGGCUUCAGUGUCUGAUCUGCUCACAAGGUUGGGAGGAUCUCCAACUGCGUCUCUAACUGCAAAGAAAGAUGGGGCAUUAGGCAAAAAGCUUAUUCAACCAGUCUUGAAGUUAUUAUACGAGAAGUCACCUGUUUGUGUAUUGGAAGAAGCCAUUCGUUCGUUGCGCGCACUAAUUAAUUUCUUUCCGUUUUCCGUUAAUCACCAGUAUGAUAAUGUUGAAGCUGCACUUUUUUCAAGAUUUAUGUCGGAGAAUGACAACACUGAUUUGUUGAAGAAACUUGGUGAUUGCUUGUUAAUGCUUCCUAAAUCAAAAGGAGAUGCGGAUAGCUGGUUGAUUAUGAUGCAAAAAGUCUUGCUAUUCAUCAAUAGUCAGCUGAAUGUUGCAUUUGAAGGUCUAAAAGAAGAGACAAAUAAUAAUGAGGUAGUCAGGUUAUUAGUUCCACCAGAAAAGGGCCCCCCAUCUCCCUUAGGAGGUCCCACAGCAUUAGAGAAACACUCAGAUCUGGCUAAGAAAUGGCCUGAACGAGUGCUGGUGUCUAGAGUGUCUACCUUAAUGUCUUGCUGUACCAUGAUGCUUAGUGGUUAUCCUGUUCAGGUUGAAGUGCCUGUUCGUCCGCUGAUAGCACUUACUAAGAGAGUGCUAAUGGUUGAUGGCUCCUUAUCUCUGUCCUCUCCUUUCAAUCCUAUCUUGAGACAUGAGUUCAUGUGCGCAGAACUUCCAAUGUUGCAUAGCUGCAGUCUGGAUCUCCUUAGAUCUUUAAUAAAGGGACUGCGGAGCCAAUUAUUACCGCAUAUGGCAGAUAUCACGAGACUGCUAACAGAAUAUUUUAGAACCUGUUCGCUGCCGGAAAUAAGGAUCAAGGUUUACUCGGUUUUGGAACUUUUGCUGCAAUCUAUGGGAAUAGGGAUAGCAAUAUAUCUCAUCGAGGUUGUUACAAGCAAUGCUUUCAUUGAUUUGGGUUCCUCUUUUCAUGAAAAGAGUAGUACCUGCUAUGCUGGAUCCUACAAGACGUCAGAAGAAGCAGAGCAACAACCUUCUCACAAAAAAAGGAAGCUUGCAACUUCUACUGGAUCUCAGGAAGAGGUAUCUCAAAGAGGUAGUCUAGAUGGGGAGAGAUCCAGAAGUUUGAGUCCGAUCUCUGUCAGGAUUGCUGCAUUGAAGGUGUUAGAAGAACUUUUGACUGUGGCAGGUGCGUUUAGAUCAGAGAGUUGGCGGCCAAAAGUUGAUAAUCUCCUUAUAGGAGUAGCAACAAACGCUUGUAAGGGAUUGGCUCAUGACAGAAAUGCUGCUCCGAUGUGGCAAAAAUUUCAAUGUGCUGCUUUGAGUGCACUUAAGGCAUCUCUCCUUUCUCCUGGUCGUGUUCGUUCACCACAUCUCCCUCAAAGUCUUGAAAUUUUCCGUAAAGGUACCAGAGAAAUUGGGACAACGAUAUAUGGAGAGUGCUCAAGUGCAUUGUUGUCCUUGGAAGUGCUCAUACAUCCCAGAGCCAACCCUUUGAUAGAUUAUCAAUCUUUUGUUGUCGAUGAUGAUGAUGCUGGUGGUGCAAGCCUUAAGCUUCCCAAAUUCAGUAAUCACAUAAAGAACGACUCUUCCCUUAUUAGCAUGCAAGCAAAGCAGCCCUUUCAGACACAUUCUGACGACGACUUGUAUAAGAGUUGGAUAAAUACGGAAACAGAAGUUGGAAUUGGAAAGAAUACUGCCACUGAUGAAGAUCCAUAUGGGAUGUCUGAUGAUUGUCCAUCUGUUAUUGGAGUGGAUAACCUCGGGCAUUCAGUGGCUAUUGCUGCUGAUACAAUUGCAGUAGAUGGGGAUGAGAUGAGAGUUGAAUCAAUGGCGGAGGAAACACAGAAAUUGCUUGUCACAACUAGUGACCACUCAGCCAUCAAAUCACAUAGGUUGGUUUCAGACAGUGUUGCGUCGAACUCCAAGAAUGCGUUUGCUGAGGCACCAGAAAAGCACGACUAUAAUUCCCAAGGUGGUAUGGACAAAACUGCGAUGCAAGGGAUUGAAGCUCCAGCAUCUGAAAAAGAGGUGGAGGACCUAGAUAACAGUCGCAGUAAGAUCUUGGAUGAAAUUUCAGCUAGGGUUGCUGCUACAACGGCAAAUGUAGGAAAAAGUACAACUACAGCAUCUAAUGCUGAAGAUGAUGAUGACUAUAUUCCAGACAUUAUUGAUGCUGAACCGGACUCGGAGUGA